AAACAAAGAGGUGAGAAGAGAACAUGCCUGCCUGGUGGUACUGGUUUUGUCUGAAACCAAAGCUGGAAAGCAUUAUCUCUCGUGAUCGUGAACGAUGAUGCCUAGCUGAACUGUAUUAAUCUUCAUAACAAUAGAAAGAGCUUUGAGAGAGAUGGAGAGAGAACGAAGAGAUAGCAAAAAUGAGUAAGACCGUAGACGAGAUUCUGGUAAUAUUCCUUCAUGCAAAAAUAUUCCCAUGGCAUAUACUCUUCACGACACCAUUGUUUACGGGUAAAGGGUAUUUCGGCCAAGUUAUAUCGCAGAGAGAAGGUUUGGGCCGAAAGCCCAUUAAACCUUUUUGUAGCCCACUCGAACGAACCCUCAGCUUCUCUGUUAUUUUUUUGCGAAACAAAGCUUUCGAUUUUUUUCUUGGCUAAAACCUCUAUUGGCGACGAAAGGAAGAAAGCUGCAAAAAAAAAAAAAAAAAAACGAAUGGCUGCGACUGUCCCUGCAAGUGCUCCUUCUAACCAAGCUUGGGAUUUUAGCUGUAAAUUGGAUGUGAAUUUUGAAUCAGAAGAACAUGCUUUGAUUGUAUACACAACGUUAGACGUUGAUAAAGAGUUGCAGCCUGAUAAAGUGAGAAGAGUUAUGUCGGUAUCAGACAACAAGCUUUCUGUGCACUUUGAGGCAUUAGAGGCGAGGUUCCUCCGAGCAUCGUUCUCUGCGUUUGUGGACGUUCUUACCCUCGCCACAAGAACCAUUCAAGAAUUUGGGCAAAAGUAAAACACUAGUGUGAAAAACAAGAAGUUUGAUCCUUCUUAUUUCCCUGCUGCAAUUCAGUUAUUGAAGCGUUAAUCAAACAUUGUACUAUUAUGGUGGUGACUAAUUAAUCUGAGAAGUGAGAAAAAGAUUUUUUUUUGGGCAAA